CCCAGCUGCAGUCACUGGGUUGGAAGGAUGAGGAUGCGAGUACCCGGCUGCAAGGACCCGGCUGCGAGGACCCGGCUGCAAAGAUAGGCUGCAGGGUCUUGGCUGCAGGGACUUGGCCGCAGGGAUUUGGAUGCAGAGAUGCGGCUGCGGCUGCGGUGAAGACUCCUUUGCGAGAGCUUGGCUGUUAUCCGGGAUCGCCUGUGGAACUCACCUGCUGUGGCAAUGGGAUGCCCACUAUGCCCGCCUCCCUCCUACUGCUCUCCCUCGCGAGCCCCAGGUGCAUCCUUACCCUCAGCGGACGGCGGCUGGUGACAGCAGCAGCAGCAACAGCAGCAGCAGCAGCAGCAGCAGCAGCAGGCGCUGGCGGUGGAGGCGGAGGCGGUGGAGGCUGUGGCAGUGGAGCGGGAGGAGCUGGUGGGGGUGGUGGAGGCAGCGGCUGGGGUGGUGGAGGCGGCAGUGGCGGCAGCGGUGGCGGAGCUGGGGGCUGCUGGUGGAUGCCCGCAGGCGGCAGCUGGUGAUCGGGGUUGGCCGAGGGAGGCAGGGUGAAGAGGAGGAGAGGCAAAGGCCUGAGGCGAAGAAGGAAGAGGCCAGAGGAGGCGAAGUUCGGAGCUCCUGGGCAGCUCUGGUGGGAUGUGCAGGGCGCAGCUACCUUCCUUUAUACCCUGGCUGCCCGCGCCCCCCUCCAGCGGGACAUUAA